AUGCUCGCAACCUUCCUUGACAGCCUCAAUAUUCUUCGUUAUAUAGUCAUUGUUACUUGUGCUUUUGUUUUGCGUAACUUUUUCACCGGCUUCUUUUGCUUCGCCGUGAAGCUGUUUCUUAAUAUGCUCGAUAAUUUGGUCACGAAAUAUCUUGUCAAAUGUGAUAUCAUCGCCCAGCACCAUCCUCGUCCGGCCAUCAUUGACAUGCUGUUUAAUCCACUCGUUAAACCACUCCACAACCCUCUGUCUUUGCUUGCCCAAAAUGCCCUGCAACCACCCAUUCACUAUGUCGUCAAAUUUAUUACCGACGAACGCUUCAUAAUAAUGUUGUAUCGCACUCUGAAUUCCUUCAAGGCCUUUACCAUCUCUACGUUGCCAACCAUUUUCUGUCCCUUCACUCCCCCUAAUCUCCCCAACCUUUUCUUUAAUCUUAUUGAAAAUCUUCUCAAGUUUCUUUUUAUCCUCCGCGUUACUUAUUUCAAACUUCUUACCAAGCUCCGCAAUCGCCGUGUCAACCGCUUCGACUCUAUCGUUAAGCGGCUUUUGGAUAGCACUCUGAAACUUAGUGUCAAGCUCUUUUUCAGCUUGCUGAAUUGUGCCAUCCGGACCAGUAGUCUGAUCCAACUCACUCUUCUUCUUGUUAAGCUCUUCCAACUGACCACUUACAAGACCAUUAUGUCCAUCCAUAUUAUUUGCAAGCCCCUCAAUCUUCCCCCUCAAAAUCCCCAAAUCACUCUUCACUUUCUCAUCCAGUCUCUCAACUUCCAACUGCUGAAUCACAUCUCCAAUCCCACUCUGAAUCUGCGUCUUUACACUCUUCAAAUCCUUCUUAAGGCUUUCGUCCAUUUUCACAACAGCCUGCAACGCCUUAGUGACCUCAGAUUCAACAUGCUCCUUAGCCUUCUGCGCCGCACUCAAAAGUAUCGCCGCCUUAUCUUUUAA